AUGGAGAGCAGACUGACGCAAGACCCUCCCUUGGAGAAUAUCCCCUACCGAGGUGAUGGAGGGAUUACGGCAAAGGAAUGUUGCUCGGUCCAGUUCUCUGGAGCACAAGGGAGGCAGGAGAAGAUCUCUCUCAGGUACAGCGAUGAUGGUUUGAUGUUGGUCUUUCCUCUGGAAGGGAGAGAAGCUUCAAGACAGCGAGGGAAAGAUGAGACAAGAAUGCACGGAAAGGCCACAUGCGCAUCUGUGAAUAAGAAGGAGACGAUGGAGAAGAAACUGGUCAAGAAGAGCGUUGCUAGGUCGUCGGCUGCAAGCAAAGGAAAGACAGAUUCUGAAACAAGAGUACGAAGCUGUUUGAAACCUGAGGUUAAGAGUAGAAUUGACAAGGGCAAACAGUCAUGGAAGAAACUCAAGCCGGCAGACAUCCAGACACACAGCGAUCAGAACUACACCCUGCUGCUACACAAACAGGUCCAAACUCUCCCACUCAAGCACAGAGACGACGAGUAUUGCCAGGUCCAACAACACCAGAAAGUCUCAAGUACUCGAGCUCCGUCUCCUCUCCAGUAG